AUGACCGUCUCAUCCUGCACAACGGUUCAGCUCAAGCAACCAGAAUCACAUGUCAUCCCGCAGAACUUGGGCUCUGACGUUGACCAGGUUGCUGCCACCUAUGUUCUCAAGCAAAGGCCCAUCUCCGUCACCCUCGACGGCCCUACCAUCUUCACCCUGACCGCGGCCCUUAUCUUCCUCAUCCACUUCACCAAACAGUCCAUUGUUGAGAUCUUUCUCGCCACUGUGCCCAUCUUACUCCUAAUCCACAAUGAUUACAACAACUUUAUCGGUCUCGGCCCCGGUGGCACGCCGGCGACGUUUCAAGGCUACGUCAGGAUAGCUUGGCUCCGCCUGUGGGCUAUCCGAGACCCCUUUUCCCCUCCAAAACCCGAUCCGUCCCGCCGUCCGGAACGGGGUAUCCUCCACGAUUCUCCGCUACCAUAUAGGCCCGGGCCCCGGCCCAUCGUCGCCGGCAUCGCCCCGCAGAGACAACUCGACCAACAUGGCACACUACAGCACUACCGCGCCCUCCGCCGCACCCUCGAGAACCUAGCCCACACCCGUUCCGAAAAAUUCGGCACCGCCCGCUCCUGUCUGGAGAAGCACGGCCUCGGCCUCUUCGCCCGCCACCCCGUCAACGUCACAUGCAAUGGCGAGGUGUGCCAUGUCCACGAGUCGGACCACUCCCUUCACAUGAAUCUGCACCCGGACGACAUUGCUGAGGUUUUGGCCAAAGGAUGGGGCCAGCGACACCCUUUGGCCUGUAAGGGGUGGUUCGGCUCUAUGCCCGUGCCGGAGGAGUUUCUCAUGGUCUAUGCGCCUAGAGAUGACCUCGAGCUACAGAUCGUGUGUCGAAUCAUUGAAGCCGCAAUAUGGUUCGUUAUCGCCGACAGGGAGAAGCUGGACGUCCUACCAGACACCGCGAACACCGACGGGGUCAUCAGAGCAGUUGGUGGAAACUUUUAA